GCAGCAAAUUCAAGCCUUCCAGUUGUUGAUCUUGGAUACGGUCUUUGGCAGGCUACUCUCAAUGGCACCGGCAAUUAUUAUAACUUCAGCAACAUCCGCUAUGCACGACCUCCAGUAGGAGAGCUCAGAUUUUCCCCUCCCAAACAUCCGUUGGUGAACCGUUCGGUAGUUAAUGAUGGUCAAGACGGAAGAAUCUGCCCUCAGGGAUUCGUUUCCUGGUCUAAAGAACGCAGCCUCUUCGUCGACGCAUACAGGACCAAUCCCAACAACAUCAGUAGUUUCACUCACGUCCCAGCACCCGGUAUUAAUACCACGGCGAAACCUCCCAAGCAGCAAGACAGUCGUGCCUCCGAGGACUGUCUGUUCCUCGAUGUACUCAUCCCAACGAAUGUCUACGAGAGUGCUGCUUCGUGCGAGAACAACACAUCUGGCGCACCUGUUCUGGUUUGGAUUUUCGGUGGUGGAUAUUAUGAAGGCAGUACAGAAUCAGAAGGUAAUCCAGCCGGCUUUGUCUCACAAUCAGAGUCAUUACCAUCUUCUAGCCCAGGAGUUGUCUAUGUUUCGAUCAACUAUCGACUUGGAGCUUUAGGUUGGAUGGCAGGUCCGUCAUUCACGGCAGGCGGAGGGACAGAAAAUACGGGAUUCUACGACCAACGUUUUGCGCUGGAAUGGAUACAAGAUAACAUCCAUCUCUUUGGUGGCGAUCCCAAUCAAGUCACUAUCAUGGGAUCGAGCGCUGGAGCAUCGUCAGGACUCCAUCAAAUCACUGCAUUCGGCGGUACGAAGGGAAAAGCCCCAUUUCAACAAGCGUUCUUGCAGUCACCAGCUUUCAGUCCGAAUCCAUACAACGCCUUGCACGAAGAAGCAUAUCAAGAGGUGCUCACCAUAGCUAAUGCAACGUCAUUGGCUGAUCUCAGAGCCCUUUCUUCCGAGGAAAUCAUUGCUGUCAACGAAGCUGCGAUCUUUCGUGCCGACUACGGGAAGAGCGGUUUCGGGCCCGUGGUCGACGGUUUCUUCGUCCCAGAACUUCCUACACUCCUUCUGGCACGAGGCAAAUACGCAAAGAAUGUUCGAGCUGUGAUGUCUGGCCAUAACACAGACGAGGGAUUGAUCUUCACUGAUCCUUCCAUCCAAAACACUUCAGCCUUCAACACGUAUUUGUCUACAACAUUAUUACCUGAUGCCCAACCAGAGAUCAUCGACUAUGUUACUAACACGCUCUACCCUCCUGUCUUCACGAACGCAACUGGACUUGGAUACAACGACACCAUCUCUCGACUGUCUACACUCCUUGCAGACACGCUCCUCAAUUGUAACGUCCAAGCUCUGAUGAGUGCUUUCGGUGCAAAUAAAUCUUACGCAUACCUUUUCGAAGAAGGCCCUAGUCUCCAUGGAGAGCAAGGAGAUUAUACCUUCUAUGAUUAUGGAGGCGUGACAAAAGACACAUAUGGGGCCGUUGUCAAUGCUACCGUGGCAAAGACGUUCCAGGACUGGAUGGUGACAUUUGAUGCAACGGGAAAUCCGAAUGGACCUGGCUCGGUGCCAAUCCAGCCGUAUGGGAUGGGACAUCUGAUGGGAUCGUUGUCAAACAAGGGGGUUGGAACACCACUCAAAGAUCCGGCGGGAGCUGAACGAUGUGCCUUUUGGCAGAAGGCUUUGUUC